UACGGUCUGACGUAGGGAAACGUAGUCCUUCAGUUCAACGCAGGGAAAUGUAGUCUUUCAGCCCAGUUCUUCAGUUUAACGUAGGGACAUGUAGUCCUUCGGUCUGACGUAGGGAAAUGUAGUCCUUCAGGUCCAGGUUUCCUUAAUAUUGUUUAGCCUGCUUUUUAAGCUUAACCUGUUAUGUGGAAUCGGCGAAAAGAAGCUCUUUAAAGGUUCUCACUUUACUCACUUUUACGUGGCUUAGUUAGUCCGUUACCGCUGUCUUUUUACCCCCUUGGGUUUGUUAAAACGUGCCAGCUUGCUUAAUAAUGAGAGGCGUUUCUAAGUGAAAUGACCAACUUUAGCUAGCGUGCUAACAGAGUUAACCUAGCUAGCGCUCAAAUAUCUCCUGAUACAUCGCGUGACUAACCACUCCUGGCUUGAAGGGCUGGCCUAUAACCGAGAUAGAUGUGAAAAUAGGUGGAUGAAGAUGGAAAGAUUAAGAUUGUACGCUCAGUUAUGUUUUUACGGCUGCUCAGCGUUAACCAGGGCACUAGCUGGCAUCGGCUAAUACUGUUGCAGUGUUAUAACAGCACUAUGUAGUUUUAGCUGGAGAUGACCGGCUAGCUAACUGCACCACCAGGCAGAGAUGUUCCCCGAGCCACAUGUGAUCUAACACGAGUUAGAUAACCACCUCUUUGUUGUGGUCUGAGUUGAGUAGAUGGCAGUGCUGUUAGUUGCAUGUAAACAUGGCUCAACAGUUGAGUCAGUGAAGAGAACACAAACUGCAUGUUGGUGUAGGGGGCUUAUUUGGGGGCCUAAAGUGAGGGGACGAAAAUCAGGUCAUGUUUUGAAUGAGUUCUGGUCCUGUCCUGUUUUUCUUUUCUUUUCAGGGAUGGCGGAGGGGAGUGGAGGAGAUGUUUCUGAGUUCCUUAGUCAAAACCCCCACCUGGCUCAAUGGGUGGAGUCUUUAAAGGAGCACAAUGAGACUAAUAAGCAGUGGCUUGCGAGACGAGAAUUUGUUCUCCGCAACAGGGAGGUCUUUCCCACCAUCCGACCAGGGACCACAAACCAUAGUCUGGAUAGGCUUCUUUCCAUGUCCAAGGUUUGGGCCAACCAUGUGUUCUUAGGCUGUCGAUAUCCCCAACCUGUGAUGGACAAGGUGAAUGAGAUGGCCGAGGGGAUCACGGUGAAUGAAGCUGAUAAGUGUGUUCACAAGACAAGAGGUGAAAUCGUAGGAAAAGGGAAGAGGCCUGCAGUGUCAGUCUCAGAUGGUGAGAGCUGCUCUAAGAAGAGCAAAACAGGCCCCAGUGACACUGACGGUAAAGCUGUAGAACGAAAUAGUGGGCGUCCGGUUGCUGCUCCUGUCAAAUCGGGCCCCUCUCCAGGGGCCCCUGCAGAGCACCAACCUUUCUUCAAUCGCCUCUACAAAGCUGUGGCCUGGAAGCUGGUGUCUGCGGGAGGUUUCGGACCUAACCUGGACCACUUCGAGAUCCUGCGCACCUGUGUGGAGUCGUGCAAGGCCAGCGUGAGCUGUGUGUUCGUUCCACUCAAAGACAUUCCUGACCUGCCUGCCGGCUGCACCCAGAAGGAGGGCCAGGUAUGUGAACUACGCUGCCAGACUGUCUACAUGGGCACGGGAUACGGCCGUGACGAGUGUGCAGCUAGGGCAAUGGCCUCCAAGGAAGCCCUCAAAAUAUUCCAAGGCCGGAAGGUGACUGUGAAGUUGUCCAGGCGCAGGUUUCGAGGACAAGAUGUGGAGGACUUGGUGCUGCUGGACGAACAGCCCAGACGGUCUACUUUGCCCCCUGCCCUCAGCUAUCCAUUUCAGGGUGAUCAAUAAAUCCUCUUUGUUUCUGUAGUGUCAGUAACAUCGCUACCUUCAUACGGUCAUUGUAGUUGAGCCUUGUAUACACUUCCAAAAAGUUUGACCUUUUUUCUCCUAAACUGAAUUGCCUUGCAUCUACAUCCACUGGCCAUUUUAUCAGAAACACCUACCAUAAGCAUACACUUUGUAGGUUUACAAUUACAGACUGUAGUCCAUCUGUUGCUGCACCAUUUUAUAAACUGCCAAGCAGCCUGUCCAUUAAUAGAAGACGACCACCACUGAUCUGAUUUUUUUUUCCAUACGCAUCAUCAUCUCUCCCUUGGUCUGCUCUUGACCACGGGGCCGCUAUGGACUGGAUGUUUUACGCUCACUUGUGGAAAAAAUACAGCAACACAGCUGCGCCUGGUACUCAUGCAUCUGCACCAUGCCACUAUGAUGAAAGUACUAUCUGGUCAGCAGUGGUACUAUAUGGUGGUCCAUUUCCACCAAUAGUACAGCAACAGAUGAACUAUAGUCAGUGACUGGGCACCUAUAUAUGUGCAGUGAGUGUAGAUGUGGGGUAGGUUUUGUAACUCUGUGUCCACUUAAGUUGCAGUUGGUGUUACGCAAGUGAUGCUGUAGGUUUGGAAAAAAGGGUUCUUCUCAAGUUGGUGGUGAUAGGCUUUUUGUAUGCAAAACAAGAAAGAAACACUGCUACAGAACGUUCGACUGUGCUAAAAAGGAACAUUUUACACCGGUCAGUUUAUAAGAUGAACACACAUUUAUGCCCAAAAGUUUGUUGUUUUGUUCAUUUUCCCAAAAAAAGGUUAACACGCACCACAGAGAGCGCACUUCUGCACGUUUUAGUGCACAAAUACUGUUUAUUUUCUGAAAUUUUCUACCCUAUAUGAUCAAUAGAAAUUGUGAAAUAAGAUGUGCAGAAGUGAUUUCUCUAUAGAAAAGGUGUUAUUUUCACUUAGAAAAUCAGCAAAACCUGUCAUUUGAGCUGGAGGUUCCAAACCUCUACAUACAGCUGUACUCCAUGCAGCAGGUAAUGGUAGACAAAAAUGCAUUUCGAUGGCUUUGUGUUGUUGAUACUCUUCUAAAGAGCUUGUUUGAAAGGUGGCUGUUUUUAAUCUUCACCUUUUAUGUUAAUUUAAACGUGAGUUGCUGUAUCUGUUAAGCAUUAGGUUGAAAACUGCCAUUGUUCCUGGGUUUCAAAAAUUUCAUGUCAAUGAGUGUCUAAACAUUGUGCUCAGUAUAGCAUCACCCUGUCUGAAACACUGAGCUUCUUUCUGAGGGUAAUACUUGUAGAGUGUGUCCCUCACAAAUGCAGAGGUUCUCCUUAAAUGUAAAGCUAAAACAGUUUUGGAUUAAUUGCUUUUUAAAGAUAUUAUGUUUAUUUGAGUGCAUAUGAUUUUGAAGGAUCUGAUAUCAGACUGUGUGCUAAAUUAUUAACCAUAGAGUGACUGGUUAUUAGCUUUGUAUUUGGAAUGGAUUUUAUAAGCUUGUUAUUGCCAGUAGCGGUGUGUCAUCAUCUUUUGUCGCUCUGUAUUUCCUCUGAUUAGUGAUACGUGACUCAUUUCCUGUUUAUUUCAACAGCUGUAAUACUAACAUUUAAACCAUUUCACUGUUCAGGUAUUGAAAUACUCUGUUUUUGAAAAUAGACUGUUGUCUCUGUUUACCACACGAAGUCAUAAAACUGUUAUUUAGUUCAAAA